GUUCGAAUUUCAAUCAUUCUCCUAUCAUUCCAAUUGUAACUUUGAAUGACUAAUUUUGCACGAGUUUUCCCUAUCUAUGACUGUUGUAAUGAUUAGUAUGGUUUUGUUAAGAAUAAAAUGGAAAAGCAAGUUUUGUUAGGUUGAUAGUUCGAACUCCCCCUUCUUUGCACUUGAAUGUCAAAAUUGAUGAGUCAGCAGGAUUUUAGCAAGAUGAACCAAAAUCUUUUUCACCUUGCUAACUGACCACUGGACCUCUCGACCAUCCAUUCUUUUUCCCUCAUCAACUUCCGGACCCACAAAACUUCUUCGAUUCUUUUUACUCGACUACAUCCCCCGUUUCCACCAUUCAUCUCAUUCACUUUAUUUACGAGCCGUUCUCAUAUAAACGGCGACUAUCGCAUCGGUCUUGAAAAUUAAAAAUAUAUCCAUUCAAAUCGUGCAUACUCGAAUCGAAUCGCUAUUGGAAGAAUCGCACGAUAUUCAAUUGAGCGAUUGAUUCAGUAGCAUCCCCGUUGGGGGUUGCGAAGCUGGAUAUCAUCGUCGCCAUAUGAACCACUCAUAUCAACCCCCUUUUAUACACUACCCCUACCCGUUCUCACCUGUACACUAGUAAACUCAUAUCCAUUCACUUUUACUCAUGUAUCAUACUUCUCCUUACUACUGGAAAUCAUGUCAUCAUUUUUGAAACCCCUCAAGGGGGCUAGGAAGAGUGGAGUCCAGUUCCGACCAAGGGGAACUGGUUCUGGUGAACGCAUAAAAGAGGUGUUGGAGAGAAAUCGCAUGGAAACGAUGGGAUUGAGUCCCACUCCGACACCUGUUACCGGCAAAAAACCCGCCAUUUCAGAUCGAGAGCCGUGCCCGAAUCCUGGUUGUCCCAACCCUACUGCUCCGGUCACGGAUGGCUUCUGUUCUGCCUGUGGUCGUGAACUUGACUCUUCUAAUAUCGUCGCCGAGGUCCAAUUCGGCGAAUCAUCGUCUGGUGCUGCUGUUGUUCACGGUAGUUUCGUUGGUGCCGAUCAAGGUACUGUCAGUCGGAACUUGGGGCCUCAGUAUCGACGCCUUGGUGGUGGACUCACUGAUGCUCGAGAGAGAACUAUUCGUGAAGCGCGGAACAUGAUGAUCGGUUUUGCGCAUCAGCUUAAGGAGGUCCCUCCGAACGCUGUUGACGCUGGCAUCCAGAUCUUCAAGCUCGUCAUGGAGGAGAAUUGGCUACAAGGCCGAGGAAUGGACAAGGUCGUCCCCGUCUGCCUCUACACAGCUUGUCGAAGAGAGGAUCGUUGCAAAGUGAUGCUCAUCGACUUUGCUGAGUUAGUUCACGUCAACGUCUACGAACUCGGACAUGUGUUCAAGGAUUUAAAUAACAUUUAUUCCUUUCAGAACAACAAUGUCAAGUCUAUUAUUCCCGAAGAUCUCAUUUAUCGCUUUUGUUCAAAGCUCGACUUCGGCGACUUCACUAACAAGGUCGCAGCCGAUGCAAUCCGGCUAUGCCAGAGAAUGGGCCGUGACUGGAUGGUUAUGGGCCGCCGGCCUUCUGGUAUUUGCGGAGCUUGCAUUCUUAUGGCGGCGCGAAUGUGGAACUUCCGCCGCACCGUGCGGGAGGUUGUUUACGUUGUGAAGGUUACAACGGUUACAAUCGAGCAACGUCUCGAAGAGUUCACAGUUACAGAGAGUAGUGACUUAACCAUUGAGGACUUCCUCAAUCGAGAAUUUCUCGAGUCACGUCAUGAUCCACCCGCCUUCUAUAGAAACACCGCCGAAUGGCAAGAGAAACUGGAGAAGGAUGGCAGGGUGAGAAAGCGGAGACGUAUAGAAGACAUCGAUGAGGAAGAGGAUCAAUCUGGCUCGGUCUACGGAACACCCGCACCAGCCGACUCUACUGCUACACCAAGAGCUUCGUCUACUACAUCAGAGAUGCCACCACCACCUCCUCCUCGCCCACCCCCCGACACUUCCAAAUUGCGUCAAGUUACAGAGUACUUACCUAGAUCCUUCGAUGACACAGAGAGAAGAGAGCUCAUUGCUCCAUUCGACCCUUCGAAAAUACCCAAGCCGGCUCGGAAGGGCAUCGCUAGAGAUAUUGCCGACUGCCUCAAUGCCGAGAAUCCAGAUGCUGAUGAAGCAAUGAAUGAUUUGGCCGAAGAGUUUGGAUCCGAAGGGAUGCCUGAGAAUGACCAAGAAGAAGAGGAUGAGGAAGCGUUGGUACAGCCAACUCGAAAACGUGGCCGUAAGAAGGGGCCUGCCGAACCGCUACUGACCUUUAACGACGAGUGGGAGCGCGAUGAGGCAGUCCUAGAACAACAGAUUAAUGAGGUGAUUAACGAUCCUCACAGCGACGAACAUAGCAAAGCCUUAGCUACAGCCGCGCAUCUAGCGCACAUCAAAGCCGAAUGGGCACGCUCUCUACUCCCACAGCGAGAGCUUAAGAUGGAUGAGAUUAUUGGCGAGGAUGAGUUUGCAAAUGACCCGGAGGUUCAAUUUUGCAAGCUAUCACCUAACGAAGUGAAGAUCAAGGAGAGCAUCUGGAUCAACGCGAACAAGGACUGGUUACGCAAGAAGCAGGAGAAGAUCUAUCGCAAGCAGAUGGAGGAUCUCGGUCCUCCGAAGCGAAAACGUAAUCGCGUAAAAAAACCACGAAUUGGAGAAGGCCAGCUCACGCCAGCUUCCACACCGGGCGAAGCGGCCCGUGAAGUGUUGAAGAAUCGGUCGACCUACUCCAAGCGAAUCAAUUACGAUGCUAUUGAGAGCCUCUUCACGAAUACCAAGGCUAGUGGACCUGGUUCUGUGGUGUCUCAAGCUGCAACGCCCGCUGGCAGUGUUGCUCCUGGCAAUGCAGCAUCUCCAGCUGACGAGGGCGAUGACAACGAAGGCGCAGAGGAUGAGAAUGAGGAAGCGUACGAAGAGCAGCCGACUGAAGUGUACGAUGAGUAUUAUGACGAGCAGGAACAGCCAGGUUACGAUGAAACCGGUUAUGAUGACACAGGCUACAAUGAGGAGGGAGGAUAUGGAGAAGAAGACUAUGAUGGUGGUGGCGGUGGUGAAGAAGAGUACUACUAGAUGGUGUAUAAUGUUGCUAAUUGGUCGCCGUCUCGGAUGAUGUAACUCAACAAUGCCAUAGCUAGAAGAUAUGAACAAAUCCAUGGAUGGAUUCUAUUCCUGGGUAACACAUGCCUUUCUGUGUGAUGGACUUGUCUCCUGGUGUGUUUCUAGUGUAUUAGUUCACGUAAGUCGUAACUUAUUGUGACUUGCUCAUUGUUCUUCAGAGGCUAGACGAGUAAGACCUGCAGGAACGAGAAUAGAGUUGUCUAACCAU